GCGAGAACGCGGUCACAGGGGACGGCCGCAGCCCAUUUGCUGGGCUCUAAUUACCCCCCAAAUCCACUUCCCUCAUUCGCCUGCCCGCCCCUCUGCGGCGUGCCACAGGUUCAAACUCCGCCCCGCUUCCUCACCAGCGACCCUUUUCUCUCUCAUUCUCGCGCCCCGAGGCCUGACAUUAGGGUUUCUCCUCCAUCCCAACCCCAAAUUUCUCCCGCCGACGGAUCUACGUUCUGUAGUGAUUGCGCCGGUCGUUGGCGUUGCUUGGCUUGCUGGAAGCCGCCAUGGCUUCUAAAGAUUCAUCUUCCGCUUCCGCUAAACCCUCGCAGUCUCAGCAGAUUGCUGCGGUUGGAGAAGAAAACUACACUCCUGCAGAUGUUAUGGAAAUUAUUGAUUCCUUGAAGAAGCAAGUGUUUUAUGAUCGUCGUGUUUACAUUAAGAAAAAAAUGGAAGAGAACAAGCAGAGUCUCAUUAACAUGACACAACUGGUUUAUAAUCUAUCGUUCAGAAAUUGUUCGGAUCAUAAUAAUGAUUUACAUGCAGAUUUAUUAACUAGGAGACAAGAUGACGCCUUAUGUACACUAAAUAGUCUUGAACAAUCAGGAGAAAAGGAUAGUGGUAGUUGCCAAGAAGAAAGUUCAUAUGCAUCCACAGCUGUUCUUAUUGGCAACAAUUUUGGUGGAAAGAAUGUUCAAUUGAUCAAACUGCCUGAAGUGCCAAAAUUACCUCUCUAUACUACAUGGAUAUUUUUAGACAGGAACCAAAUAAUGACUGAGGAUCAGUCAGUAGUUGGUCGUAGAAGAAUUUAUUAUGACCACAAUGGUGGUGAAGCUUUAAUCUGUAGCGACAGUGAGGACGAUAUUGUCGAGGAAGAAGAGGAGAAAAAAGAAUUCGGGACUAUUGAAGAUUUCAUUAUUCGGACGACCAUUGCACGUGCUGAGCUAUCCAAUGUGGUUCUAGAUGCUUUAGCUCAAAGCCUCGAGAAGGAUUCUGCUGAUAUCAAGGCGCGAUCUGAAAAGUAUUUGAAGAGAGAAAAUAACGAAGAGUGUGUCAAAAAUAGGGAAAGUGAACCUGAUGCAAAACUUGAUGAGGCAUUUCUUGAGAAAGAUCUGGAGGCAGCUUUAGAUUCUUUUGAUAAUCUUUUUUGUCGCCGUUGUCUGAUGUUUGAUUGUAGAUUACAUGGGUGUUCUCAGGAUCUAGUAUUCCCUGCAGAAAAGCAACAUCCUUGGGUCAACUUCGAUGAUGGUGCUCCUUGUGGUACUCACUGCCAUAGAUUGGCUUCUAAAUCAGAAAGUACAGCUACAACAAAUUCUCAAAUGCCCCAUGAGCUUGAAGAGCUAGUUCACUCGGCCAGCAGUCCUGGGGCAGAACCUUCUCCAAGAAGGAAAGUUAAAGCUUCCCUAAGGAGGGCAAAGUCUCAUCCAAGUGAAAGUGCCUCUUCAAAUGCAAAGGUUGUUUCUGAUAGCAGCGAGUCUGAUAUGAGAAACAAUCAGGAUAAUGUUUCUGUUCAGCUCUGUUCGUCUCCAUUACGAAAUAAGCAACAUGGAAAAUCAGGAGCCAAGAAGAAGACCAAACGGGUUGCUGAACGGGGUCUUAUUUGCAUAAAAAAGAAACAGAAAAAAAUGAUGCAAUCUGAUGCUGAUUCUCUUGUUAGUGGAUGCCUUGUUGCACGAGAUAUGAAACUCAGAUCAGAUACACGAAAUGACAGUAAAAGUUCCAGCUCAUCAAUGACAAAUAGACCAAGUAUGAGAAAUAAGAGAAAUUUUGUAGCGCAAGAGGAGGGUAAUAUGAAUCCUAAAUUUGAUGAAGCACAAAAAAAUGAUAUUUUCCAGACAUCUAAGGAUCCUUCAGUAACUGAAGGUGAUGAAAGUGAAAGAAAAGAAGAGUUUGUCGAUGAAAACAUCUACAAACUUGAAAAGGGUGAUUGUAAACCCUGGAAGAUCAUUGAGCAGGGUCUCUUUCUUAAAGGUUUAGAAAUUUUUGGAAAGAACAGGUAA